AUGAGCCUGCUGUCAGCCAUCGACACGGGCGGCGCGUCGGUGUACCAGCCGGCCCAGCUGCUGAAUUGGGUGUACCUGUCCCUGCAGGACACCCACCAGGCCAGCGCCUUCGACGCCUUCAGGCCCGAGCCGGCCGGACCCUCCCACCCGGAGCUGGGCUACGGCAAGGGCAGCCCCGACCAGCUGGCCUCGCCCCUCCACUCCAGCUAUCUCAACAGCUUCUUCCAGCUGCAGCGCGGAGAGGCGCUGAGCAGCAGUCUGUAUAAGAGUGCAUCUCCCUAUGGCUCCCUCAACAACAUCGUGGACGGACUCAGCUCCCUGACCGAGCACUUCUCUGAUCUGUCCCUCUCCUCAGAGGCCAGGAAGCCCAGCAAAAGACCACCCCCCAACUACCUGUGCCACCUCUGUUUCAACAAGGGACACUAUAUCAAAGACUGCCCUCAGGCUCGCCCCAAAGGUGAAGGGCUGACUCCGUACCAGGGCAAGAAGCGAUGUUUUGGGGAGUACAAGUGCCCCAAGUGCAAGAGAAAAUGGAUGAGUGGAAACUCCUGGGCCAACAUGGGCCAAGAAUGUAUCAAGUGCCACAUCAAUGUGUAUCCUCACAAACAGACUCGUGUCCACAGUGGGAGUUGGGCGGCGAGACUUGGAACCAUGUCUGUUUCCAGUCAACCUCCACAACCUCCACGUGCAAGGUCCCUAUGAAGCAAGAACUAACCUCUGUUUCCCCUUUCUGUUGACCUCUAGGGUCAAUGAAUCCUGUCUGUUCAGUGCUUUAGUGGAGAAUUUUAACAUCUUCAUAACCUCCUCACCUGGACCUCAAUCUCCUUUCUCUGAGGGAGCACUAGGAGUGUGAGGCUCAAAGGGAAACUUUAGGCAGGACCCCCUGUAGAGUCAGAGCAAGGAUCAAGAUCAGUAUCCUCCCUCCCCUUGGGAUCUGGGGAUCUUUAUCCAUGGAAAAAAUCAGGGAUAUUGUGGGGAAGAAAGGGAUGUGUGGAGCACUAAGGGAUGAGGAAUAGAGUCUCUUGUGAAGGGCUCCCCUGAAGCAAAGCUAUAGGUUGGAACAUGGAAUAAGGAAAAAGGAACAUUGAGGGAUGACCCCCAAGACCAUUCCCUUCCUAUAAACUCCGGAUGAUAUUUGGGAUUCUACUUUCUGGGUUUCUGUGAGGGGCCAAGAAGCAUUAUAAGUUCAUCAUUCUCAUUCCAAAAUGGGUAUCAUACCCUUAAUAAUUGUAAUCAC